AUGUCCAGGACGCCAGGAAGCAAUGGGACCGGAUUGCAGCCGGGGAUCAACCCGCGCCCGAACAAUGUAACCCUACCGUCCCGUGGAUUGGCAUCUUCGUCGAAUGGCAACAAUGGUGGCACCAGGCUCCCAACCUCGAUACCACCGCCGGGCAAUGUGGUCCCGUAUGCGCACGGGACGGAAGAACGGCUGAUGGUCACCGUCCGAAUACGUCCCCUCAGUGACACCAGCGAAACGAACUGUAUACAGGCACAGCCGCAUCGUGCCGGCUCACUGCUGUUCGACGACGGCACCCGUAAUAAGCCGAAAAAGUAUAACUACGAUUGCGUCUUCGGCGAGGCGUCCACACAGGAGGAAGUUUAUACGGUCGCAGUAGCACCGCUGGUGCAGGACGUCCUGAACGGCUAUAAUGCGGCAGUUUUCGCGUACGGUGCGACCGGUUCCGGUAAAACCCACACCAUGCUUGGGCCACACGUACGACCGGUUCGCGUGAACCCUGGCGCUCAGAGCUCGUCCCAGUCCCAGACGGUAGCACCAGCAGCAGCAUCGUCGCCAGGUGAAACGCCCGCAAGUCCGUCGGAUGCACCGCACGCAGCCGAACAGCCAUCCGGGCUGGUACCGUCGAUGGUACAGCCGAGCAGUGGGCUGAUGAUACGUGCGGUUGCAGACAUCUUCGACUACAUCGACCGGCACAGUUGUGAGGAAGCAAAAUUUCGGAUCUCAAUCUCCUACUUGGAAAUUUACAACGAACUCAUCCGCGAUUUGCUGAACCCGGGUGGUCCACUAGAACUACGCGAGGACAACCGUGGCAACCAAUCGGUGGCCGGUCUGUCCGAGGUGUCAACUGCAAGCCGGGCCGAGGUCAUCCAACUGCUCCUGAAGGGCAACAAGGCGCGCACAGUAGAACCGACCGCCGCAAACCAAACGUCCUCUCGCAGUCACGCACUGCUGAGCAUCACGGUGCAAAAUCUAACGCCAGCUGGCACGAAGCAGGGCCGUCUCUUCAUGACCGAUCUGGCCGGUUCGGAACGGGCGCGCAAAACGAAAAACCGAGGCAAACGGCUCCAGGAAGGUGCCCACAUUAACCGCAGCCUGCUAGCGCUCGGCAACUGCAUCAAUGCACUGGCCGGCGGCGCACGGUACGUGAACUUUCGCGACUCGAAGCUAACGCGCCUGCUGAAGGAAGCGUUGAGCGGACGCUGCAAAACGGUCAUGAUUGCGCACGUGUCGCCAGAAACGCGCCAUCGGGACGAGACGAAAAAUACGCUCGUGUACGCGGAUCGGGCGAACCACAUCACCACGCGACUACAGGAACCGACCAUACUGGAGGCCGAGGAGGCGGCCGCUCGCGAAGCGUUCCCGGUCGCACACUAUCAAAACCUGGUCGCGGAGCUACGCGAUGAGGUCGGCCGGCUCAAGAUGAAGAUGAUGACGGAGCGUCCGCGCAGCGGUGCGGCACUCCAACGCCAGCAGCAGCUGCGCCAGGAGGAGGACCGUUCAACCUCGGAGGAACAAAUCAAGAAGGUCGAGCUGAAGUUUUUGCGCGAGCAAAUUGUACAAACGUUCAAGCAGCAGAUGAAGCUACGGCGCCGCUUGCUGGAGGCUGACAGCCAUCUGUUGGGGUUAGAAUUGGAUGCGGAACGGCAGCAUAUGGUGAUUUCGCACUGGCAAAGCCGGCAGGGUAAGCUGUACGAUCGGCUGGAUGAAGAUGACGAAGAAGGCUCCGAUUCGGAAGGAUGUUCGGCGCUACGGUCCGCCUGGAGCGAACUGGCUUCGAUCGAAAAGGAGGUCAAACGAUAUCGUCAGAUAAGGACUACGACAGAGCACGAGCUGGAAGAAUGUCGGAAGAAGGGAGUUACAUUAGAAGAUGAACUUCCGGAACGCAUCAGCAGCGAUGAGGAGCGUGAGUUGCUAUCCUUGCUGUGCCGGGUACAUGAGCUGGAAGCUGACAAGGUGUCACUACAGGCGGAACGAAUGGCUCGCCAGGCCGAGUUACGGCGCCGGGACUUGCAGCUACUGCGGGCGGAACGACAGCGGCGUCUGUGCGAGGACAUUAUCAGCACCCAACGGCGCAUCAUAGAAGAGGGCAAAGUGGAGAUGCCGGAAGAUCUGCGCGAGCUGUACGCACUGUACCAGCAGGAGAUUCAUGCGAGUACGUACAACAGUGGCAUGCAAACUGCUGCGGGAGGUUUUUAUGAUGCUAAGCUGCCACCAAUCUUUGGACAGGAGCGAAGCAUCUAUUCCGCCAGUUCUAGCUCUGGUUCCGAAUGGUCAGCUACGUCUCCUUUACCGCCAGUAGACUCGGAAGGUAAUGUGGUCAACCCCGACCGUGCGAUGGGACCACCAGUCGGGCCAAGGUUACCAUCCAUCACACGACUUCGCAACAACUAUGGCAGUGCACAGAGCAGCGGAUCAAGUGACGAGUGA